CCGUGAAGCUCCUCGGUCAUUGAAUGCCCUCCGUUUUCUUUCAUGCCCACAAAGCGGAUCUCGAGUUUCUCAAAAUCCACCCGUGAUCUGGCGUUCCUAAAUCCAGGGUAUACACUAUAAAUCGGGCAAGAUGUCUGCGUCUCGAGGACUUGAUCCAAGUUUGGAUCCAACUUCUGCGGAUAUCGAAUCGAAGACACUCACUAUACACACAUCCAGUUACCUCGAACCCCAACCCACUACCAAAAAUGACGACCCCGGUUCCAUCCCUCGCCCGAGGAGAUCUGCUUUCUUCGGUGGCCCAGCGCAAGACCGCGCGGACUGCUCGCAUCUCCAGCUGGGACCAGUCCGGCCUCAACGAGGAUGCCUUCGUCGUGCAGCCGGGCGAGACGGCGGUCCUCGCCGAUCUGGAGGGCCCGGGCAUGAUCACCCACCUGUGGUUCGUCCAGACGUGCCGCCGCAUCCUCGGUCCGGGCCUCAUUCCGUACUCCAAGUCGGGCGUCGCCAUGAUGGAGAUCCACAACGCCCUGGGUCUCAGCUACGAAGACAGUGAUCCCGACUACUACCGCAAGGUGCUCAUCCGUAUGUAUUGGGACGAUUCCGAGACGCCCAACGUCCUCGCUCCCAUCGGCGACUUCUUCUGCCUCGGCCACUCCAUGGCCGCCAACUUCCAGUCCCUCCCCUUCACCGUCUCGGUGAAGCCGUCCGAGGAGAAGAAGUUCGGCGGCUCGGCCGCCUUCAACUGCUACUUGACCAUGCCGUUCAACAAGCGCGCCCGCAUCGAGAUUGAGAACCAGGGCGAGCACGCCUACUUCCAGUACUUCUACAUCGACUACGAGCUGCUCCCGGCCCCCUUCGACCCGAACGAGAUCCUCUACUUCCACGCCCACUGGCGGCGCGAGAACCCCACCAACGGCUGGGCCCCGAACGCCAUGCAGACCAACAGCCUCGAGACCCAGGUCCCCAACCUCACCGGCGACGGCUACACCAUCCUCGAGACGACCGGCGCGGGCGCCUACAUCGGCUGCAACCACUCGGUGCUGCACCACCAGGGCACCUGGUGGGGCGAGGGCGACGACCUGAUCUUCAUCGACGACGACACCUGGCCGCCGAGCAUGCACGGCACCGGCGGCGAGGACUACUUCAGCCAGGGCUGGGGCAUGCAGAAGAACGCCUACCCCUUCUGCGGCACCAUCAUCCACGAGGAGGACGUGCCCGGCUACCAGGUCUCGUACCGCUGGCACCUGGCCGACCCCGUGCGCUUCAGCAAGAAGAUCACCGUCAAGCUGGAGCACGGCCACGCCAACCACCUGCGCGACGACUGGUCCACCACGGCCUACUGGUACCAGACGCUUCCGGGGCCCAAGCUGGACAUCCUGCCCGUCGACCAGCGGCUGCCGAACCGGCCCACCGUCGCGCCGCCUCCCGAGCCGGCCGCCGACAGGCCCCUGACGGACGCGCAGCGGCAGCUAAUUAAGCAGAGAGAGGAGCGGCUCGAAGCCUUUGUGCGGGACCGCAACCAGUGGCUGGAGAGGCGCGCCGAGGCAUCCCGGAGGAGAGCGCAGAACAAUAUCGAGAUUGCCAAGGAUAUCAGGGCGCGCUUCAUCAAGAGCUUGCAGGGUUAGGUUCUGUGCCUAGAUGGGCAGAGGUGGGAAAUGGUUAAUGCGGAGCGAGACAGGGCACAACGGUGACGAAGAUGUUGUGUCGACCUCGAUGCUACUGCUCCGGAGGGAGAAGGAGGAUGCAAUGUGUUGCAGGGCCCACUAUUUCUCUCCCCUGUUUCUCCCGUAUAUUACACAGAAUCAAUAGACCACAUUCGCCAUAUCCAGUUGCUCAGUGGCUUGCGAGAGCUUAUGAGCC